AUGAAAGUUUUAGAGAGAAACGUUGUGCGAUUGGUAGUUGUGCAGCACCUUCGUGCAACUUACGGGAUCAAGACAAAGAACUGGAACAAAAACAAAUCUAGCUGCAACAAAUUGACAGCUGGGAACUCGGUGAAGGUUUUUGGCGUUCCACUGGACUGUCUCCCACACUGUCAUGUGUUAGAUUACGGAGACAUACCUUGCUUCCUGGUCGAUUCCUGUACCACUCUCUUGGUACAUAUCCAGACGGAGGGUUUGUUUAGAAAAUCAGGCUCUGUGGUGCGUCUGAAGGGGCUCCGGGCUAAGCUGGACCAGGGUGAGGACUGUCUGUUCACAGCUCUCCCCUUGGACGUCGCCGGGCUUCUGAAGCAGUUCUUCCGAGAGCUUCCGGAACCCAUCGUGCCCACAGAACUCCACAGCGCCCUGCUGAAGGCCCAGGAGCUGCCCACUGAGGAAGAGCGGACCAAGGCCACGGUGCUCCUGUCCUGCGUGCUGCCCGACAGAAACUUGAACAGCCUGCGCUACUUCUUCGGUUUCUUAAAGAGCGUCGCUGAGAGAUCUGCAGAUAACAAAAUGGACAGCAGCAACCUGGCAGUCAUCUUUGCUCCAAACCUUCUUCACUGUGGAGAAGGCACAGAGAAAAUGAAUGCCAACACAGAGAAGAAACUCAAGCUCAUGGCAGCUGUGGUGCAGUGCUUCAUCGAAAACGCUCAGGAUUUGGGUGUGGUUCCACAGUUCCUCCUGGAGAGAGUCCCAGCCAUGCUUGGCUGUGAGGCUGGAGUUCUCUCACCGUCAGCCGAGGGUCAGGAGGAGAGGAACACAAACUCAGGAGUCAGAAUGAGCUGCAGGCGCAGUUUGGGAGAUAUGGUAAAUGGAGCACUGACUAAGUUAAAAUCUAGUAGAACCCCUACAAAUACACCUCAGUCUAACCAAGCAGUCUUUUCCUCAGCCACCCCUGUCAUAAUGACGCCAAACUCUAAACGGAAACUGCCGUCAGAGUCGAGCCAGAGUUACGGCUUCUCCAACAAGAAGCGCAGAUCCAUCAAAAAGAACCUGGGCCUGGAGCUUCUGCCCAACGCCCUGUUUGGAGCCAGCUCCACACCUGGAUCAGUGCAUAGUGCCUCAGGAACUUUGGACUCUUCCCAAAACGCGUCAUCGUCGACGAGGAUGACUACCAGACAGUGUGCGAGCACAGCCAGGAGAAAGAGCAAGAGACUGAGCUACAGAAACAUCAGCAGAGUGGAGUCUGGGAAGGCGGGCUGUUUCUCUCCCCGCGUGACGAAGAAAGAGGCGGCGAGGAAGUCCCUGCGUCUGCGCUUUAGCUUGGGCAGAAGCAGCAGAGACUCUAGUGUCAUUUCACAUUCAAUUCCGGUGCCAAAAGGAUCAGAAACCAUUGGUUGGCGCCUAGCAACACAAGAAAGCGUCACCGCUUUUCAUUUCACCAAAGACACUGCUUUUAGUCCAACUGUUUUAAGAGACAAGAGCGCCACCAAAGGCUCCAAGUACAUCAGUAAAUCAGAGGACAACCUGCUGACCCCUCAGUGCGACAUGGCCGCCCACCGCUCCUCCUGGAACGGAGAGACUCCGGACGAAGUCCAGGCCUACGGAGGAGACUCCUUCUCCGACACACCCAUGAGCGCCUGUCUCAAGGUUAACUACAGCUCAGAACCCGCCAUCGUCGUUAGCAAACCUCCCAUAAUGAGUCAUAUCCCAAAGUCGCUCUGCUGUGCCACCAGCGCCGAGAGCGUAGGCAGCUCCGAGUCCCUCGGUAACAGCCAAGCCGAGACCUGGACCGGAACCGGUCCCACCCUACUUAAAAUCAAAAAAGCCUUCAGCGAGUCAGGCAGCGACCUGCACGCAGUCAUACAGAACCACGGGGGCCGUUCGGAGACAGCUGGUCAGAAACGGGUGGAGGCAGUCAUCGCAGAUGACUCCGUUCUCUCUGAGACCCCGUUGCGAAAGGAGCGCUCGCACAAGAUCACCGAAGCGUCCAGAGAACCCGUGGCCGAGGAUCAGAACGUGACGUUCGGGCAGAUAGAAAUCGUACCUCUGUCUCCCUUGCAUCUAAACUCCACCCUCUUUGAAACCGGGCUUUCGGGCAGCUCAGCUCUGACAGAGAGAACCUGCGACGGUUUCCCGAGCGCCGAGGGGGAAAGCACGGUCUCCUCUGUGGACGACGAGGCGGCGGAGCCCACGAACUGCAGCAGGCUGGUCGACGCCCUCGACAUCCAGAGCCCGGCGUCCUUCAGACUGAGCCCCUUCAGAGGUGUUCAGUCCACCCCGUGCAACGCCAAAGAGCACGCUCAGAACCUUAACACUUCAUCGCGUAGUCUGACCCAAGAGUCCGCGCGAGAAGACCAGACGUUCACGUCUCCGAGGCAACAGGUGACGCGCGCGCGGAGCGACCAGGCCGUCGCGCUUGCCGCGGAAACGCGGCGGCUGAGGGUGGCGGAUCACGUCCAGCGAUUCAACAUGAUGACUCUGAACUCGCCCAGAGCGAAGGUCUCCAGGUCGCCGCUCAAGUUCCAGCGAACGCCUGUACGCCAGUCCGUGCGGAGGAUCAACUCCCUCGUGGGGGAGAGGAAGCAAUGCACGACGCAGGAAGAACACUGUGUCUCUCAGAGGGCUCCGGUCAUGAAAGCAGUCAGUCUGGAGAGUGGUCUGUGUACAGGGACACAGCUGCAGGCUAACGCCACAGAGGAUCCGACCCAAAACCCGAAAAACAUGGGGAACCCUUCCAAAACCAGACCCCCGGUCCUUCCCAGGAAACCUUCCGCGCGGUUGGCCGUAAAACAGUGCGCUCUUGGAGACGUGACCAAUACGGUUCCGCCGAGAGCGAAAAACGACCUCCCCGAAACUACCGUCAGCGCUCCGCUCGAGCCCCCCAAAUCUGUUCUGAGUCAGGUUACUGAGAGAGACACGAGCCGGUACCGCGGAUCGCCCAAAAACCCUCUGGUGGAGGGCAGAUUAGUCUCCGUCUGCAGACCCAUAGACCUCUGA